CAAAUCUGCCUGGAGGUAGCAGGGUACAGGCCAGCUCGUCCCACGUCGUCCCAUGGCAUUUGUAGCACCAGCAGCAACACCACAAACAGCACUGACAGAAGCAGCAGGAGGUUCAGCAGUAGCUACGCCUACAGGCCAUUGCACGCCGAGAUGACGGCGCCUCCUGAUCCAGCGUGGUCGUCGCCGCUGAAGAGGCCGUCACCGAUGCUCGCGACCCGUAACUCGACAAUGAUGCUGCCUGGAACGAAUGGCGCAGAGGCUGGCUCCUCGUUGGCGUCCGACUAUGCAUUUCUGCCACGGCGCCCCUUUCCCUUUCACAGGUCUCUGACUGUGCCGCACUCGCAGGCCAGUAACAAGCUGGGCGCGCUUCGGCAUCCAUUUCCUGGUGAUGUCCCGCUGCCAGGCGCAACGGCAGCAACAGCAGCGCCGGCGCGCGUCUCGCAGAGUCCACAGUCAGGAGCCGCGCCGAUGGAUCAGGACCGCAGUGACGAGGCCGGACCGUCCACUGGACGACACACGGACCGAGAGCGCGAGGACUCGGCACGGGCGGCGCUUGACUCGACGGCGCUCGACUCGAGCCUCUUUCCCUCGCUCCUGGCCGACACAUUGCAGCUGCCCAUCUCGACGCUGCUCCAGGUCAUCCCGCCCCACCUUCUCGAUCCAUCCCACGAGCGUCUCUCGGCCAUGAGCCUGCAGGUGCCAGUGACGAGCAUCGAGGCGCUUCUGGAGGCCUGCCGCACCCUCAACUGGCUCUUUGCGCGCGUGGCCGAGGGUGGGUCGCCCGACGGAGGGGGUUUUCCCGCGCGCGGCAAGGCUCGGCGGUCCGCAUCGCAACCUCUCGAAGGUAGCAAGGGCGGUGGAGAGGAUCGGAGCGCAAGCGCCAUUGCAGCUGUCCAGAGGGUCGGAGGCGUGUCGAUGAGGCGCAGCGACUCGUCGGCAUCGGCGCGUGCUGGUCUCGCGCCGCGACCUAGCACGGCCCAAUACGUCGACUUUGACGUCUUUGAACUGACGCAGAGGGUGGCCGAUAUGGCCGCCGGCCAGGCGGCAGAGAGGCACAUCGACCUCGUCCUUCUCCAGAGUAAUGAUGUCGGCACUAGGAAACGGCGACAACAGCAGCAGCAGCACGGUACGCACACUCCAAUCAGCGCGACUGGGUGCAGCGUCAAGGGCGAUGAAGGGGCCACACGCUUCGCGAUGGUGCAGCUCGUCUCGAGAAGUCUGGAAAAGGCAGGCCUGCAGGCCGUCGUGGAGUUGGAUGUGCAAGUGACCGAGACUGACGGUGGAUCACCGCGGUGCGCAUUCAGCGUCACUAUUCUGCACGAUCAACCAAUAGACAUGCCAGAGGAAUGGACGGCGCCUCUCGAGGAUGUGGCAGAUGCGGCGGGGGCGUCCGUCGAGAGGAGACUCUUUACGGGUGGAGACGAGGAUGCGCCCAGGCAUGGUCUGCGGCAGACGUUGAUCUUUGACUUUCAGCCGGGAGGCCGUCUCGCCGAGGCCGGUGACCUGCACCCGCGUGAGAGCGAGGCGCGGCAGCGCUUUCUUCCUUCUCUGCGCUUGGCCGAAGAGCCGUCGGCAAAGGAGCUCGUCGACUUUGUCGACCAGGACCUUCAGGGUAGGAAAGUGGCCAUCCACGGCAGACCCACGAGUGACUUUGUCAAGCAUCUCACGGCCUUUCUGCACCGGUGCGGCUGCCAGACGGCGAGCCUUUCUGCAGUCGAGGCUUCUCCAAGCGCACCGAUCGGCGCGACGUGGACCAGCCACUCGAGUCGUUCGAUGAGGACGGCCGUGGCCCUCUCUGGCAAUCGGCCCAGCCUCGUCAGCUACCCGAGCGGCUUGGGAAUGGGACACGAGGUGGACAACAAGACUUCAAACUCGGUCACGGCAGUCCUUGAUCCAGUCACUGGCGUGCCGCUGACACUACAGAUGGGGCAGCGGAAAAGCAAAACUAGAACGAGCCAGUCAGACCCUUCGGCAAGCAGCGAGCCGUUCUCGGACAAUGACCGCCUUACUCCGUUCAGCUUCAUCAUCAUCGACGAUGAUCCAGACGUUCUUCACCGCGAGCUUCUCAGAAUACGCUCCGGCAUAGCAACGCUUCGUUCGGCCAUGGGCUCUCCGGUCACAAGUAGGGUGGCCUCCUCGUCGCCGCCGAGAAAAAAGAGUGUGGGCGAAGAGAUCGAAGAGCGAAGACGAGACAGCCUCUUCGACUCGACGCAAGCCAUCCUCUACUUUUCCAGCCUCAGCAACUUCAGAGUGGUCCGCGACACGAUUCAGCCUAUCGUCGAGUCAGCCAGCCAGAGCAACACGCCUCUGCCCGAGAUUAUCGUCGUGCCCAAGCCUGCAGGCACUAGGAGGAUUCUGACGGCCAUGCAUACAGCCAUCCACAAGCCCCUCGUCGACCCUUUCUUCUCACCGAUUGCCACCAGCCCUCUUUCCCCUGCUGCCGCUGCCGCAAUGCAGGGCGUCGGCCUGGGUACUGGCGAUGACGCCAGCAGUCCGUCCUCGGUGGCACCGUCGCCCUCAAUGCAAGAGAGGGCGAAGUUUCCCGUCGCUUCAAAAUCGAAUCUGCCCGGAGUGUCGCGCAAACAAGAGAAAAAGGAGCAUGAGCACACAGACAAAGGGUCUCCCUUGCACAUCGACCUCCCACCCCAGCCGGAAUUCUCAGAGAAGCAUCAAAAGGAGCCCCCAUCGAAGAAGGUCGAAGCGGCCGAGACUGGUGAUACACGGUCUGGUCCAUCCGCUUCGGAUGCCAAGGUUGAAGGGAACGCAGAAGGUCUGCUCUUGCCAGCGGCGACCGAGGGUGCAAAGACUGUCAAGGCUGGAUCGGCGUCAAGGCCUUCGACGAGUCCAAUGCCCACUGACGCGCUCGAGUACUUUAGCGAGACGGCCGCCCGUAUGGGUUCGAGUGGAGCAGUAGGCAUGAUGAUCCAGUCGCCCGAUGGACGGCCUGCCGGUAUCUUUUUCCAGCCAAAGACGUCGUCCCACGGCAGUCGUACGCCCAGCAGCGUUCACAAGGGCAGUGACGAGCAGGGAGCGAGGGCAAGUGCUGGCGGUGGAAGACUCGGGGCAGACGCAGGUUCACGAGCGGAAACGGGAGCGGCGAUGGGAUCGGCCACUGAGCUUGGACCCAGGAGGAGGUCAAUCCAGGGCAAGCGUACAGCUGCUGCGCCAUCACAAACGGGCGAUGGGCCCUCCGCCAUGGCCAGCCCUCGCUCAAACGAGAGCCUGGAGCUGCAAGAGUAUCCGAGCGGAAGCAUGUUCGAGCCCCAGGUGGAGCUCGAGAGCGUCCUACACGGCAAUCGACCGCCUGUCGCGACUCCUCUGCAUAACUCCUUGAGCACAGCUAGCUCGAAGGAGGAUGAUUAUCUGUCUCCUCAAAUCAGUAUACAUCAGAGCUUGACGGCAGCAGCGACCCAGGUCCGCGACCAGACCCCGAAGACUCCAAAGCCCAAGAGCGACGGCGGCAAGAAGAGCACAAAGCCCGCUCAGCCAGGUGGGAAAGCAAAGGUACCAGUCGAGAAUGGCAAAGGCAAGCAAAAGGUCGCGACCUCUGUCUCGCCUGCUCACCCAGCGGCAACGGUACCAUCACCGAUUGGAGCGCCCGAUGCCGCCCUGCACGCUACUCGACAGACGUUUGCCAACACAAACCUUCAUGCGCCCGUCAGGCCGUCGGCCCAGCCUCAGUCUGGUCUCCUCAUUGGUGCCGGCUUCACUCCGACGCAGAAGCGGAGCACGGGCCCAAAGAAGGCGGCGAAGCAGAUCAAGGUGCUACCACCCAUCAAGGUGCUCAUCGUUGAAGACAACCCGAUCAACAUCAAGAUUCUCAGCACCUUUUUUGAUCGCAAGAAGAUCCAGUACGACGUGGCACGCGAUGGAAGGGAGGCCGUGGAUCGAUGGCGGGAAGGAGGCUUCCAUUUGAUCCUUAUGGACAUCCAACUCCCAGUAAUGGACGGCAUUGAGGCGACAAAGGAGAUUCGGCGAUAUGAAAGAAAUGCCAACAUUGGCGUCCUGACGUCAACGACGCCGAUCAGCACCACUGCCAACGACCAACAUGGGAAGCUCGAGAUAGCACCGUCGCCGCCAUCGGCCGCCAUUGCCGAAGGGGCCAGCAGCACGAGCCUCGCGACCACACCUUUGGGCGGUCUCACUUCUCGGGCCAGUGUCAUCAUCGUCGCCCUGACAGCCUCCGUGCUCAACUCUGACAGGGUUGCCGCCCUGGCAGCUGGGUGCAAUGACUUUCUCAACAAGCCCGUCGACUUGCGCUGGCUCGAGCGCAAGGUCAUUGAGUGGGGGUCGAUGCAGUAUCUCAUCGGCUUCAAGGCUGGCAUCGCUGGAGACGACAUUAUUGCUGCCACUUCCACGGCAGCGGGGCCUGUCUCGCGCAACGGGGCGGCUCUGACCCUGGCCAACAACAACGGCGAGGUUCGCAAGGCGUUUGCCGACGGGCCCGAUUCAAAGGCACGAGAACUGGCGGGCAAGCUCCACAUUGGCGGACUCAAGAAGGAUGCCAAACGGUCAAAGGCCUCUCCCACGUCUCCUGCGUAGCUCUAGAUUCACGGAAGCCCGCACGUAUCUGUCAUAUCGCUCAAUGUAUCAUUUUAUUUUUAUUUUUUGCUUCUCUGAUG